ACUGUGGAACCUGCAGUAGUACCCACUGUUGGAGAGACUUACCUGUUACAAUUCAAAUAUAGAGGGAUAAUCAAUUCAUACGAACUUGGCGGUCUCUUCUAUACGUAUUACGACGAUAUUCAACAAACUAGACAUUGGAUGGUAGCAACGCAUAUGGAGACCGGUGUUCAUGCACGAUCGCUGUUUCCGUGCUUGGAUGAACCAGCCUACAAGGCCAUAUUCCACAUGACUAUUAUCUAUCCGAAACCUUUAAUCGCUUUAUCGAAUAUGAUGGAACGACCAUACGUCGAGCUACAUGAUCCAUGGGUUGUUGUUCGAUUUCCACCCACACCAAAACUCUCGACAUAUUUAGUGGCCAUGGCUGUUGGACCAUACGUGAGCAAAAGCAUAACAAACAAAGCUGGAACUCUGGUCAGAUUUGAGGAAUAUUUGGGAUUUGCGGCGACGGUUGCCGGCAAAUGCCUUGAUUCACUCGGCGAAUAUGUCAAUUUUCCUUUCCCACUGUCAAAAUCAGAUCAGCUCGGACUACCUAAAUUCCCGGCUGGAGCUGUCGAAAAUAUGGGACUUCUUCAAUCAAUCCAAGUGAAACAAAAGGCAGCUGGCGUGAUUUGCCAUGAGCUUGCGCAUCAGUGGUUUGGUGAUUUGGUGACGAUGACGUGGUGGCCUGAGCUGGUGGUUAACGAGGGCUUCGCGAACUACUUCGAGAUCUACAAUCAAGCCAUGGCAUUCCCAGAGCAUGCUCAAUUCUUGGACGGAAAGUUCUUCACGGACAUGAUGGAGCCAGCACUGGACACAGACGCAAUAAUCAAUGCGUCACACCCAAUAAUUGCUCGUGGCCUCAAUUUUGACAAGAUUGUCUAUGAUAAAGGCGCGUCCAUUUACCGAAUGGCUCACAUAACACUCGGGGAUAAGGCUUGGCAAGAGGGAUUAACUGAUUACAUCCAUUCAUAUAAGUGGGGCAAUGCUAAUCAUGAAAUGCUGUUCGCAAAACUUACGAAAGCUGCUCAAGCAUAUAAUAUUGUCGAUUGGUGUGGAAGACCGAUGGACGUGGCGAAAUUCCUUGAUCCGUGGUUCUUGCAACAGUGUUUCCCAUUGAUCACUGUGACGAACAAUCAACUAAUGGCACCGGCGCAGUUCACUCAACAACCUUUUGAUAAGCGAACUUUGUUGCCAGCUAGUAACUUUAGCUACAGCUGGCCUGUUCCGAUGCAUAUUCGGGACUAUAAGGGCGACCACAAAUCAAUUUUGCAUUGGCUGAAGCCAAGUUAG